CGCAAAGGCCUUACUACCGGCCUCCGCUCCGGGCGCCAUUUCUGUGGCGUGAAAAGGCGGCGCGGCCUGUGAUCAUGGCGCUGUUCCCCGCGUUUGCGGGCGUUAGUGAGGCGCCCGAUAGCGGGAGCUCCAGGAAAGAAUUAGACUGGCUGAGCAACCCAAGCUUUUGUGUUGGAACCAUAACAUCUCUGAGUCGACAAACUGAAGAGGCCACAGCCCUUGUUCCUGAAGGGUCACCACUGACAAGGAGUCCUCUGAAAUCAGAGCCUUCAGAUGAAAGUGACAGCAGCAGAAAGCCCAGACGAGCAAGCAGAAAGAAGAAGAAAGAGAAAAAGAAGAAAAGGAAGCAUCAGCACCACAAGAAAACCAAGAGGAGACGUGGGCAGUCGAGUAGCAGUGGGUCUGAGCCAUAUACUGAUUCUGAAGAGGACAGACCUUCCCGAAGCGUCAGGGACAGUAAGACGGAGUCAGAGAAACCAAAUCAAGAAAACAAUGCUGCUGCUGAUACUGGACGUCACUCUGUUUGGCUUGAGGACAUUCAGACUCUGACAGGAGAAACCUUCAGAACAGAUAAGAGGCCAGAUCCUGCAAACUGGGAGUACAAGUCCCUUUACCGAGGAGAUAUAGCCAGAUACAAGAGGAAAGGAGACUCCUGCCUUGGCAUUAACCCUAAGAAGCAAUGUGUAUCUUGGGAGGGGACGUCCACAGAAAAGAAGCGUUCACACAAGCGUGUCGAGCGCUAUUUCACAAGGAAGAAUGUGGGAUUAAUGAACAUUGACGGAGUUGCCGUUAGCGGUAAAACCGAACCUCCGUCAUCCGAGCCACUCUCGUUUAUCCCAGUGAAGGACUCAGAGGAUGUGGUUUCUCCUGUUACAACCUGGCUGAACCCUCUGGGGAUUUACGAUCUAUCCACCACGCAGUGGUUGCAAGGACAGGGUCCUUCAGAGCAAGAAUCCAAGCAGCCAGACCCACAGCCAGGCAGAGAGAAUGCGAUUCUCAAGGCCAAGGUGGAGGAUUUUAACAGGAGGGUUCGGGAGAAUCCUCGGGAUGUUCAGCUGUGGAUGGCGUUUGUUGCUUUUCAGGACGAGGUCAUGAGAAGUCCCGGCCUGUACGCCGCGGAGGAAGGACAGCAGGAAAAGCAGAAGCGGUCCCUGCGGCUGGUCCUGGAGAAGAAGCUGGCCAUUCUGGAGCGGGCCAUCGAAAGCAACCAGAGCAGCAUGGACCUGAAGCUCGCCAAGCUGCAGCUCUGCACCGCGUUCUGGGAGCCCCCGACGCUGCUCAAAGAGUGGCAGAAACUGAUCUUCCUGCAUCCCAACAAUACAGGCCUGUGGCAGAAAUACCUUCUGUUUUGCCAGAGCCAGUUCAGCACCUUUUCCAUAUCAAAAAUUCAGAGUCUGUAUGGAAAAUGCUUGAGUACGUUGUCUGCCGUUAAGGACGGCAGCAUCUUAUCUCACCCCGAGCUGCCCGGCACCGAGGACGCCAUGUUUGCUCUCUUUCUUCAGCAGUGCCACUUCCUGCGGCAGGCCGGGCACGCGGAGAAGGCGGUCUCUCUGUUCCAGGCCAUGGUUGACUUCACCUUCUUCAAACCCGACAGCGUGAAAGAUCUGCCUACGAAAGGACAGGUGGAAUUCUUUGAGCCCUUUUGGGACAGUGGAGAGCCGCGGGCUGGGGAGAAGGGCGCUCGAGGCUGGAGAGCGUGGAUGCACCAGCAGGAGCGGGGCGGCUGGGUGGUCGUCAGCCCAGAUGACGAUGAUGACGAACCAGAAGAUGAUGACCAGGAAAUUAAAGAUAAGACUCUGCCCAGGUGGCGGAUCUGGCUUGCUGCAGAGCGGUCCCGAGACCAGAGGCACUGGCGGCCGUGGCGCCCCGAUAAGACCAGGAAGCAGACCGAGGAAGACUGCGAGGAUCCAGAGAGACAGGUGUUGUUUGAUGAUAUCGGACAGUCUCUGAUCCGACUUUCCAGCCCGGAUCUUCAGUUUCAGCUGAUUGCGGCCUUUCUGCAGUUCUUGGGUGUGCCUUCCGGCUUCAGCCCUCCAACCUCCUGCCUCUAUCUGGCCAUGGAUGAGAACAGCAUCUUCGAUAAUGGACUUUAUGAUGAAAAGCCCUUGACUUUUCUCAACCUUUCAUUUUCCGGCAUCAGCUGUGUCGGCUGCACGGACCAGUUGGGAUGCCGGCGCUGGACCAGGGGUCAUGGUCGAGAGGGCGAGGAGUUCAUCCGCAACAUCUUCCACCUUGUGAUGCCUUUGUUUUCAGGCCAGGAGCGGUCUCAGCUCUGCUUCUCUUGGUUACAGUAUGAGAUCGCAAAGGUCAUUUGGUGUCUGCACACCAAAAACAAGAAGAGAUUAAAGUCACAAGGAAAGAACUGCAAAAAACUAGCCAAGAAUCUCCUCAAGGAGCCAGACAACCGCAACAGUUUUUGCCUCUGGAAGCAGUACGCGCAUCUGGAGUGGUUGCUCGGCAACACAGAGGACGCCAGAAAAGUAUUUGAUUCGGCCCUCAGCAUAGCGGGGAGCAGGGGACUGAGGGAUCACGAGCUCUGUGAGCUCAGCCUCCUGUACGCUGAGCUGGAGGUGGAGCUGCUGCCAGACGCGGGAGGGGCCGCCACAGCGCGGGCUGUUCACAUACUGACCAGACUGGCCGAGAACGGGCCCUGCGGGCCCUGCACCGGCCAGGUCUUGGGCGUUCACAUUUUGAAAGCCCGGAAGGCUUAUGAACACGCGCUGCAGGACUGUUUGGGUGAGAGCUGUAUCUCCGAUCCAACCCCUACCGAGUCCUUUAACCGCCUGAUUAGCUUGGUUAAAUGCUUCAUGCUCUUCCAGUAUUUGACCGUAGGGAUCGAUGGUGCGGUGCGGAUAUAUGAGCAAGUAUUUGCAAAACUGAAGGGCUCUGUUUCCCCGGAGGGCUCCGGCCUGGAGGUCAGUGCCAGGCCCCGGAGCCUGAGCCAGGUCCUCGAGGCCGUCACCCUGAUGCACACGAGCCUGCUCAGAUUCCACAUGAAGAUCAGCAUCUACCCGCUGGCUCCUCUGCGAGAGGCUCUCUCGGAGGCUUUAAAGCUGUAUCCCAGCAACCCGGUUCUUUGGAGGGCGUAUAUACAGAUUCAGACUAAGUCCCACAGCGCCAGUAAGACCAGACGGUUCUUCGAUGCUGUCACCAGGUCUGCCAAACCCUUGGAGCCAUGGUUGUUUGCCAUUGAAGCUGAGAAAAUGAGGAAGAGGCUGGUGGAAACUGUGCAGAGGGUGGACGGCAGGGAGGUCCACGCCACCAUCCCGGAGACCGGCCUGACGCAUCGGAUCAGAGCCCUGUUUGACAACGCGUUGCGGAGUGACAGCGGCAGCCGGUGCCCCUUACUGUGGAGGAUGUAUUUGAAUUUUUUGGUUUCCUUAGGAAAUAAAGAAAGAAGCAAAGGUGUGUUCUACAAAGCACUUCAGAACUGUCCCUGGGCAAAGGUGCUGUACCUGGACGCCGUGGAGUACUUCCCCGAUGAGAUGCAGGAGAUCCUGGACCUGAUGACGGAGAAGGAGCUCCGGGUGCGCCUGCCGCUGGAGGAGCUGGAGCUUCUACUUGAGGACUAGAGACCUGGAGGGGAGUGGGGAGCGUGUCUUCGAGGCCUUGGGACCUGUCCUGUCCGAGCCAGAAUGAACCAGGAGAUGGUGACACAUGCCUUCGAGCGUGUGUGCUGAGACCUCUGCCUUUGACAUUUGUUUCUUGGUAAUUUGUGUCUGGGUUGUCAGUCUCUCACCUCUUGCACUUUUUUUGCAUGUGCAAGUGACACGAAAGCUGUUGUCUUACAUAUUAUAUAUGUGAAUAUGUGUAUAUAUGUGCAUAGACAAGGAUCGUGUCAGGUGGUAACUGAGCCUGGCGUGGCCGGUGUACGAAUUCUUGUUCGGUCCGCUGUUGCCCUGCCCAGCCAGUGCCAGCCCUGCCCGGGUGAAUAUACGUUCCUGAUAGGCAUCCUUGCUGCUCUUGCAGUUGAGAUAAGAAAGGUCUGGUUAACUCGGUACUAGGACCUGCUCCACCAGGCCUUAUCCUCAGACCAGAGCAGUGGGGAGUCACUUAGAACUUGAUGUUCUCACCUGUAUCAGAUGUGUUCAAAGUUCUCAUUUUUCCCUAAGCCCUGCUCUGUGAUGCCUCCAACCACAGACCCAGCAGCUAGCAUCACCUGGGGGCCUUUUAGAAAUGCAGUAUCUCAGGCCACACCCUGGCCCUCUGAGUCAGAACCGGUGCUCUAACGGGACCCCUUUCAGGGGACUUGUGUGUACAUCACAGUGUGGAAAGCACUGCCCCAAAUAAGGACCCUGCUGCAGGGGAGGUCGCCAGCAGCCACUAUGGCCGAGUGGAGGACGGAGCCAGCCCCUUCCCAGCAGAUCCAGCCCUGCCUGUGCGACGUGCCGAAGGUACGCGUUCAGCGUGCGUGUCAGCUCAGCUUAAGAUGUGGAGGCCCAGGCCGGCUAUGUACUCAUUCUGAUUCUGAGGCUGUAACAUUUGACUGAGCGAAACUAACUUCCCUGAGGUCCUGCUUUAAAAAAAAUGGACAGUUUUUCUCGGCUUUUUAAAAAAAAAAAUCAUGCUGCCUAGAACCGCUGAAAGCACGUUUCUUUGGCACCUUAUCCCAGAAGAGCCAGUGUUGUGGAACAAAGUUGUGGCUAGAAACUGAUGGAUGUGGGUUGGGUAAAGAAGGGGAGGACAGCACAGCUGAGCAUUUUCUAGAGAGCAACUCAGGGCCCCCAGGGAAGCUGCCCGCCAGCCGAGGCGAGGCUUACCUUGGUCUGCCCCACUUCCUGGCUGUAAGACUGAACUGGCCAGAAAGGAGAGAGAAGAGCUGGAAACAGAGAAAGUCAAGAGGAAGCUCUGACACAUCUUUGAGCUCUCGGGAGGGAUGAGGUUUCUCAACUCGGGAACAAGGGAUGUUGGGGUUGCCAUGAGAUUCUGCAACCCUGACCUGAGACUCCUUUUAGAAACCCCCGGUCUCCUAGCGACACCAGUACCUCUUUCCUGUCCCCAGCAUGCCGAGAACUCAUACUCCAUAAACUUCCAAAAGUGAAUGCUUUCUUUCCUUCUGAAGCCCCUGCUGUGUGAACUCGGCCUUUGCUGCUUAAACAACUAGGAUCGCUGGCUAUUCGGUUGUGAUCCUUUCUUUCCCAUCGGCUGCUGUUGAACAGCAACCACCAGACUGGGGGUGUGAUGUGGGGACAAACAGGUGCUGAAGCUUGCUGUCCCUGUGAGCACCGGGAAGCUUCCCUGACGCCCGGAUCCACCCACUUGCUGCUGAGCCGCAGGCGCAGACGGUCCAGAAACAGGACUCGGUGUUGAGAAAAAGCAGGCUUUAUUGGGACGAGGACACUGCACGCGACCAACAGACGAAGGCAGCCCGAUGGGCACCCCCUACGCCACGCUCAGAAAGGUACACGGAUGUUUCACUAAUGACGAGCAACUGGAACAUCGACUCCCCUGGGCGGCUUCCCCAGCCUCAUCCCUCCCAGGGGUCAGGACACUGCUGCCGUUUCCCUAAAGGCAGCUGUGGUCCCUAGAGAUAGAGCCCCUCAGGGGUGCCUUCUUGUUUUUUAUAAAGAACAUUUUCUUUA